AUGCUGUCCUGGCAUCCUCAAUAUCUGGUCGACAACUGUGUCAAGAAAAUUUAUUUGGAGGAAUGUCAGACCAGGCUCGAGAACGGAACCUGGAAAGGCAGGCCUAUGGAUGAGGAGGAAAGCCGAAAUGAGAUGGCUGAUGAAUGGCUCAACGGCCUACGUGCCAAGGAGAGAUUUGCCACGGGUAUCCUGACCUAG